AUGUGGACGGCAAACCAGAGAGAUAACGGUAGCGGUGGUGAUGGUGUGGAUAAUGGUGAUGAUGACAACGGUCAUGGAGGAGGUGGUAGUGGACACGACACAUCUGAUGGUGACGGAGGUGGUGGUGGCGGUAACGGUGGUAUGCGUGGAGGUGCUGGAGGUGGAGGAGUCGGUGCUGGUGGUUGUGGUCAUAGUGGUUUUGUGGGUGGCGUGAGUGGAGUUGCAAGUGGUGGUGGAGGUGGAGGAGGGUUUGGUGGUCAUAGUCGUGAUGGUGAUAGAUGUGGUGGUUAUGGUGGCGUUGGAUAUGAUAGCAAUGGUGGUGGAUCAUUUUCCAUUGUCAAUGAGCUACCAUCUGGACUCAUCGAUGAGACAUUUUCGUUGGGUGGGACACCUCCCUCGGCAUUUGCUAUAACUACAGCUGCACAACCUAGGCCAUUAACAUCACAGGAGUACAGAUCAGACGACAUGGAGCAUGACGGGGAUAAGGACGACGAUGACGUCCCUGUAGCACAGAGAGCAUGGAGGAUUAGGCCCCCCAACUGCUGCAGCACAGGAUCGCAUCUCUUUUGA